GACCAACGGUUGUUGAGCUUCGGAUUAACGCACAUCGUUGUCUCGGUGCUGCUUUCCCAUAACCAGUGGUGCACGUCCACCCUCUAUCUCUCUCUCUCUCUCUCAGAGUUGAAUGAUUCAUCAAUCAUUCACAAGUUCAUCGAAACCCAAGAGCCCAGCUUGGUUUCCCGAAACACAAUAGUCAAACAAGUUUGGGUUCUCUCGAGUGUCGCAAAUGAUGGACCUGCAAUUGGUGAAAACGGGUUUCGAUUUCGCUUCUAAAAGAAGAAAGAAGUUGGUUCUUCUUCUCUCCGCUUUUGGCUUCACCGGUUACAGCCUCUACACGGUUUAUCAUUUGCCUUCGGUAGCGCAUAAGAGAGAGAGAAUUUCCAAGCUUUUAUCAGCUUUAGUUUCCGUAGCAGAAGCCGCCUCCGCCUCCGCCGAGUCAAUCGGGGUCGUCUCUGAAGAUUUGAAACAGUUUCUGCAAUCCGAUUCGGACCGAGUUCCCAACAGUUUGAAGCAGAUAUCGAAGAUCGCGAGCUCCGAGGAGUUCUCCCAGUCUUUGACAAGGCUCACGCAGGCUUUAACCGUUGGAAUUUUACGGGGUUAUGGAUCUGCCGGUGGCUCUGUCGGUGGUGGUGAUAUUGGUGCCAAUUCUUCUAGUUUCGCCGAUCACGCUAUGGACAAGCUUUUUUCCACUGCUGGGUCUGGUUUUGCUUCCGCUGUUGUGGGAAGCUUCGCUAGGAACUUGGUCAUGGCGUUUUGUUCAAACAAUUCGACGAAUUUUGAGCAUUUUGAUUCGGAGACAAAUCGUAUUCCACAAUGGGUGAACGUGGUCUGUGGGGAUAAAUGCAGGGAGCUAAUUGGUGACUGUAUCCAAUUGUUCGUGAGCACGGCCGUUGCUGUUUAUCUUGACAAGACCAUGAACAUCAACUUCUAUGAUGAUUUGUUAUCUGGGCUGACCAACCCCAAGCAUGAAAUGAAAGCGAGGGACAUGUUGGUGUCGGUUUGUAAUGGUGCAGUUGAAACUCUUGUGAAAACCUGCCAUGAUUCCGGCAUGAUUUCGAGUCCAGGUCCUCCCUCUUCGGCUACCGGAAAAGGCUCAACUCCGGCUAGAAUUGAGGACAUGAUUCUCAAACCAAGUGAGGAGAAAGAUAGAGGGUGGGUUGGUAGAGUGUCAUCCACUUUGGCAGUGCCAAGCAAUCGGAGAUUUGUUCUUGAUGUGACCGGGAGGGUGACUUUUGAGACGGUUAGAUCGUUCUUGGAGCUUCUGUUGGAGAAGCUGUACGAAGGUUUGAAAAGAUGUGUUCAAAUUGUUCAUGAUGCAGUCGUUGACGGGGGUGUUGAAGCUGUGAGAUACGCCACCGCGAAGUCCUCUGUUGUUGCCACCAUAUGUCUCUCUUUGUGCUUGCACAUACUGGAAGGUCCUUGGAUUUUAGUACCAGCUUAAGUUGCUUCAGUAUAUUCUCUUCUUAUUGUGUGAGUUCAUGUGAUUGGUUUCCCAAAUAUUCUUACAUGCAGUUGCUUCUUUAGAGGAUGCAGUUAUGUGUGUGAUUUCUUUGUGUAUCUCAAUUAAACUAUAAAUGUGUAAUUACAGUCUAGAAAAAGCUAGUAUCUAAAUUGAUGUACGGCAGUGGUUUGAAGU